AUGGUGAGUGUCGCCCAAUACUGCUGUCCCUUCUCGCUGGCUGCUCUGCUCGCUGGGGAUUCUAGCGGUCGUCACUUCCCCAACCCCGCCAUUCUUGCUGAUUCCCUUACCGAAGAGCAGGUCUCCGAGUUCAAGGAGGCUUUCUCCCUGUUUGACAAGGACGGCGAUGGCCAGAUCACCACCAAGGAGCUGGGCACCGUCAUGCGCUCCCUGGGCCAGAACCCUUCCGAGUCGGAGCUCCAGGACAUGAUCAACGAGGUUGAUGCCGACAACAACGGCACCAUCGACUUCCCUGAGUUCUUGACCAUGAUGGCGCGGAAAAUGAAGGACACCGAUUCCGAGGAGGAGAUUCGAGAGGCUUUCAAGGUCUUCGACCGGGACAACAACGGCUUCAUCUCUGCUGCCGAGCUGCGCCACGUCAUGACUUCGAUUGGAGAGAAGCUUACCGACGACGAGGUCGACGAGAUGAUCCGCGAGGCUGACCAGGACGGCGAUGGUCGGAUUGACUACAACGAGUUCGUCCAGCUCAUGAUGCAGAAGUAA